GGUAUCCUUGGUUGUCCAUCUUCUUUCUGAAAAUGAAGAAAAUGAUUGCAUGCUUCCUCUUUCUGUCUGGACAAAUUCUACUUUUCAUUGCCUCAGCCAAGAGGAGAGAACUUCCAGGAGCCUUUUUAAGGCAAAAAAGGCAUGCCAAUCCACAAGCUUUACUUGAAAAUACUUGCAAUAACAAACACCUGGAUCUCGUCUUCAUCAUUGACAGUUCUCGCAGUGUACGCCCUUACGACUUUGAGAAAGUGAAGGAGUUCCUUUUAACCAUCCUUCAGUUCCUGGACAUCAGUCCUGAUGUCACCAGAGUAGGCCUUAUUCAGUAUGGCAGUACAGUCAAACACGAGUUUUCACUGAAAACAUUUGGGAGAAGACAGGAUGUGGAGAGAGCAGUGAAAAGAAUGAUGCAUCUGGCCACUGGCACCAUGACUGGACUGGCCAUUCAGUAUGCAAUGAACAUUGCAUUUUCAGAAUCAGAAGGAGCUCGUCCUCUGAGCCAGAAUGUGCCCAGAAUAAUCAUGAUAGUGACAGAUGGACGACCGCAGGAUCCAGUGGGAGAGAUUGCAGCUAAAGCCCGCAACUCAGGCAUCCUGAUUUUUGCCAUUGGAGUAGGAAGAGUGGAUAUGAACACACUGAAGUCCAUUGGAAGUGAACCUCAUGAAGAACAUGUGUUUUUGGUGGCUAAUUUCAGUCAGAUUGAAACGCUGACCUCCGUGUUCCAGAAUAAGCUUUGUGUGCCUCACAUGUGCAGUAUUGCUGAACAUGGCUGUGAUCACUUCUGUAUUAAUACUCCUGGCUCCUAUGUGUGCAAAUGUAAGCAGGGAUACAUUUUGAAUGCUGACCAGAAGACUUGCAGCACUCAGGAUCUAUGUGCCAUUGAGAAACAUGAUUGUGAACAGAUAUGUGUGAAUACACCUGGGUCUUACGUCUGUCAAUGUUAUGAUGGGUUUGAACUUGAUAAAGAUGGAAAGAAGUGUAUAAUUGUAGACUUUUGUGCAGUGGAUAACCAAGGCUGCCAACACGAGUGUGUUAAUACAGAUGACUCCUACUACUGUAAAUGCCAUCCAGGGUUUAUUUUAAACCCUGAUAAAAGAACUUGCAGAAGACCGGAUUACUGUGCUUCAGAAAACCAUGGCUGUCAACAGGAGUGUGUUAAUUUAGAUGAUUCUUAUUUUUGUCAAUGCCGACAAGGAUUUACUCUUAAUCCAGAUAAGCGAACUUGCAAAAGAGUAGACUUCUGUGCUCUGGAUACACACAGCUGUGAACAUGAAUGUGUUAACACUGAAGACUCAUUUGUAUGUAGAUGUCAUCCUGGAUACACCCUAAACCAUGAUGGCAAAACGUGCAGAAGAGUGGACCACUGUGCUGAGAAUGACCAUGGCUGUGAGCAGCUGUGCCUGAACACGGAUGACUCCUACCUCUGUCAGUGUUCUGAGGGAUUUAUCAUUAAUGAAGACCUAAAAACCUGUACACGAGUGGACUACUGUGCAUUGAGUGACCAUGGUUGUGAACAUAUCUGUGUGAAUGGUGAAAAAUCCUAUACUUGUCAGUGUUUUGAGGGAUACAGAUUACGAAAUGAUGGGAAAACUUGUAAACGUAAAAAUGUUUGCAAGUCGGUCAGCCAUGGUUGUGAGCAUACUUGUGCUAAUAUUGGCAAUUCAUAUGUCUGCAAAUGCCGUGAGGGAUUCACUCUGACAGAGGAUGGGAAAACAUGCAAAAGAAAAGACAUUUGUAAAUCAGUGAAUCAUGGCUGUGAACAUGUGUGUGUUAAUGCUGAUAAUUCAUACAUCUGCAAGUGCCAUGAUGGAUUUGCACUAAGAGAAGAUGGGAGAACUUGCAGAAAUAGAGAUGUUUGCAAUUCAGUUGACCAUGGCUGUGAACACGUUUGUGUUAGUGGUGACAAUUCCUAUACUUGCCAGUGCUAUGAUGGAUUCAUACUGAGGGAAAAUGGGAAAACCUGUAGAAACAAGGACAUCUGCAAGUCAGUCAACCAUGGCUGUGAACAUGUUUGUGUUAAUACUGAUGAUUCAUACAUUUGCCAGUGCCAUAAAGGAUUCCAACUGAAGGGAGAUGGGAAAACAUGUCGAAGUAAAGACAUCUGCAAAUCAGUCAACCAUGGCUGUGAGCAUGUUUGUGUUGAUAAUGACGAUUCGUAUAUUUGCCAGUGCCAUGAGGGAUUCAUACUGAGACAGGAUGGAAAAACAUGUAGAAAGAAAGACCUCUGCAGAUCAGUCAAUCAUGGCUGUGAACAUGUGUGUGUUAACAGUAAUGACUCGUACAUCUGCAAGUGCCAUGAGGGAUUCAUACUAAGAGAGGAUGGGAAAACUUGCAGAAAUAAAGAUGUUUGCAAUUCAGUUGACCAUGGCUGUGAACAUCUUUGCGUUAAUAUUGAUAGUUCAUACAUUUGCCAGUGCUAUGAAGGAUUCAUAUUAAGAGAGGAUGGGAAAACAUGCAGAAGAUGUACUGAAGGCCCAAUUGAUCUGGUGUUUGUGAUUGAUGGUUCAAAAAGUCUUGGGCAGGAUAAUUUUGAAAUUGUGAAACAGUUUGUCUCUGGAAUCUUGGAUUCGCUUGAGAUUUCUCCCAAAUCUGCUCGAGUUGGUUUGCUUCAGUAUUCCACCCAAGUCCGCACAGAGUUUACAUUAAGACAAUUCAACACAGCCAAGGAAAUGAAAAAGGCUGUAUCCCAAAUGAAAUACAUGGGGAAAGGUUCCAUGACUGGACUAGCCCUGAAACAAAUGUUUGAGAGAAGCUUUACUGAAGCAGAAGGAGCAAGGCCAUUUUUAUCAAGGGUCCCUCGAGUCUGUAUUGUGUUUACAGAUGGACGAGCCCAAGAUGAAGUCUCUGAGUGGGCUGGCAAAGCAAAGCAGAAUGGUAUAACUAUCUAUGCCGUUGGAAUAGGAAAAGCAAUUGAGGAAGAACUGCGGGAAAUUGCUUCUGAGCCAUCAGACAAACAUCUCUUCUAUGCUCAGGAUUUCAGCUCCAUGGGGGAGAUAAGUGAAAAGCUAAAAAAGCAAAUCUGUGAAGCUCUGGAAGAUCAGGAUGCAUCAGCAGGGAGCCCUCCCAAGCCUGGUCAACAUUCUUCAGGACUUGAAGCUGCUACCAUAACCAUCACAGACCUCCUGGCCUGCUCCAAUUUUGCAGUACACCACAAGUAUCUUUUUGAAGAGAGCCAGUCAAAGACAACAGGCACAUCAGCAAAUCCUCCAAAAGAUAAAGACCACUGCAAAUGUGAAAGUCUUGUGACAUUCCAGAACUAUGCAACCACUGAAGUAAGAAAACUAACUCAACGAUUGGAAGAAAUAACAAAGAGGAUGGAAGCUUUGGAAGACAGACUAAGAUACUGAUGAGCAUUUCUUAACAAAAGUAUAUAAACAUGUGGUAUAUUUAUACAAGUUGUUAGAGCUAUUUUGUUAAAGCCAUACAAAGCUACAUAGCACACUUCCUUGUGUCUGAGGAUGAAAUGUUUUUGGGCCUAGUAUUUAUAUGCUGAGUUUGCAUUGACUGCAAAUAAAAACUGAGAUGACCAUAUAUAGUUUAGUAACCAGCCAAAAUUCUAAGAACGCAACAGUGGAAAUAAGCUAUGCAAUGAUAAAUAAAAUGCUCUUAUUUUUAAA